GCAUGCGCACUGAAAUGAAACCGCCGACUCUUCUCUGUCAGCGGUGAAACAUGAAGACAGUAUUAAGUAUUUUGACGCUGACUGUGUUUCUCAUUCUUCUGACAGCUCUGCCAAACACUGCUCUUCAGUCCAGACGACAUGGACCUGCAGAGACCCUGUUCACAGAGCAGUUCUUCAGUCAGACUGUGGACCACUUCAACUUUAACACCAUGGGCAAUGCGACAUUCAGGCAGCGCUACCUGAUCACAGAUAAGUUCUGGAAGGCGGGCCACGGUCCAGUCUUCUUCUACACUGGAAAUGAGGGGGACGUGUGGGACUUCGCCCUGAACUCUGGGUUCAUCUUGGAGUUAGCAGCUCARCAACAAGCCCUGGUCUUAUUUGCUGAACAUAGGUAUUAUGGGAAAUCUCUGCCGUUUGGCAACUCUUCCUUCAACAUUCCUCAGGUGAGCCUGCUGACGGUGGAGCAGGCCCUGGCCGACUACGCCGUCAUGAUCACUGAGCUGAAACAGCAGCUGGCAGCCACACACUGUCCUGUCAUCGUGUUUGGUGGCAGUUAUGGUGGAAUGUUGUCAGCUUACAUGAGACUCAGGUAUCCAAACAUUGUAGCUGGAGCUCUGGCAGCCAGCGCCCCUGUCCUGUCUACUGCUGGGCUUGGAGACUCCAGGCAGUUCUUCCAAGAUGUUACAGCUGACUUUGAGAAGAUUGCUCCUGAAUGUAGAGAUGCUGUGAGAGGAGCCUUCAGUCAGCUGAAGAAGUUAGCUGAACACAAAGAUUACAGCCGUAUCCAGUCAGAAUUUGCUCUUUGUAAGCCUCCAUCCUCUGAACGGGAUAUCCACCAACUUAAUGGCCUGCUGAGGAACGCCUUCACUCUGAUGGCCAUGCUCGACUACCCUUACAGCACACACUUCAUGGGCAACAUGCCCGCCAACCCCGUCAAGCUGCAGGAAUUGUGUACAACUCCACUGGGGUCCUGACUUGUUUCGACCUGUACAGCUUGUAUGUGGAGUGUGCUGAUCCUACUGGAUGUGGACUGGGCUUCAACAGCCAGGCCUGGGACUACCAGGCUUGUACAGAGAUCGAACUGUGUUAUGAGAGCAAUAAUGUGACGGACAUGUUUCCUCCCAUGGCCUUCACCGAGCAGGACCGGGAGAUUUACUGUUCCAAGCGCUGGGCUGUGCUUCCAAGGCCCGGCUGGCUCAAAACCCAGUUUUGGGGUGACGCUCUCUCUGCAGCCAGCAACAUCAUCUUCUCUAACGGAGACUUGGACCCAUGGGCCAAUGGGGGGGUCCGGAAGUCCUUGAGCUCAUCUCUGAUYGCACUCAACAUUUCUGGAGGGGCCCAUCAUCUGGACCUGAGAGGAUCCAAUGAGGUUGACCCGGAGUCAGUCAUCAGUGCCAGACAGAAGGAAGCAGAGAUCAUUGCACAGUGGGUGGAGAUGGAGAGGUCCAGAUUACAAAAGACUCUGUAAAAAGUUCUGUUUUUACUUGGCCUCUGGACUGAUGCUGGUACCGUAUCCACCUGUAAGAUGUAUGAUUGUUUAGUUCUUCCCAUCAGUUAGAACCCUUGUACAGACAGCGUCUCAAGAAUAUAAAAAUGAUUCAUUUGGAUCACA